ACGUCAAAAUCGUCAAACAUUGACAUUGAUAUUUCUUUUAGGUUUUUGAGUAUUUUCCAUCUUCUUUGAAUGUAUUUUAUCAUAAUAUGGCUAUGAAAUGUACAAUUUUUUCACUGAAAUUAAUUACGAUUUGUGUGAUAAUUGUCGUGUGAACUUAAGGAUCUUUCUACAGACAAUAUAGUGUCCGAGCAAUAAAAAUCCUAUGCUCGUCGGCUCGCAACAAGUUUUGAGUGAAUUAUUUGAAAAUAAAAGAAACCGUGAUGGUUUCUCAUUCAAAGAAGUCUUCUGCCGAAUGGUUUAUUGAUCAACUGAACGUGAGCAAUGCGAAAUUGUUGGCGUUUGUGUUAGUUUUAGGGUUUAUCGGCUACCACGGCAUUCUGCAUUUACGUUAUGGACCAGACUCAUGCACCUGGCUGUUAUCUUCAGGCCGAUAUAAAGGAGACCAUGAAUGGCAGCCUUAUGGUUGUAUGCUACAUCGCUACUCAAAAAUAGAUGCACGAAGAUGUCUCCGGUACUUGGCUUUCUGGGGAAAAUACAACAGCUUUGCAUUCAUUGGAGACUCCCGGAUAGCACAGCUCUAUGAACACUUCAUAGGCGUUUUAAAAACCCGUUUGGACCCAGACCCGUCAUACUCGCUGGAGCACCACUCCCCGAACAAUACUUACACAGAUGAGAAGUUACGUCUGUCCGUACGCCUGGUGUGGAGUCACGAUGUAUCGAGGACUAUGGUUGAACAGUUUCGAGCCUGGGAGCGCGAAGACGAACCCCCCUCAGUAAUAGUGGCCGGCACCGGCCUCCAACUCCUCCUAACCCGAAACGCCACAACUCUCGUCAUAGAGGAAUACAAAAGGAACCUUACGUUGUUGGUACAAGCUAUAGAUUCGCUUGCACACAAGAAUACUAAAGUCCUUUGGAAGUUGAUCGAGUCGGUCGAUAGUUCGAAGCUGAAGAAUGAGUUUAAGAAGAUUAGUAAUAGUGAUAUUGAUGAGUACAACAAAGCAGCUAUUGAGAUCCUCACGCACAGCGCGGCGCGCAUCUGGAGCUCGGGGCGGCUGGUGGCGCGCGGCGCGGGCGCGGACGCGGGUGAGGGUGAGGGAGCGGGGGGCGCGGGGGGCGCGGGGGGCGGCGGCUGGGCGCUCAGCGCGCGCGCGCUGCGCCACGACGCGCAGAUACUGCUCAACAUGUUCUGCAACGACCACAUGAACUUCAACGACGGCUCCUGCUGCGCCAUGCCCGAGCCGCAUACUCAGCUUCAGUUGUUGACAUUCGCCAUGUUUCUAGUAUGCGGCGUCAUAGCCGGCAUAAAAGCAACAUGGCGCUGGUCGCAAACCCUGCAACAACGCCUCGGGGGCUACUCGCUCGUGUCCCCCCCUCCGACCGCCCCCUCCCCCCUGGCCGCCCUGGCGAAACUGGGGAUGAUAAUGGCGUAUUUCUAUCUCUGCGAUAGAACUAAUUUCUUUAUGAAGGAGAAUAAGUACUAUUCGGAGUGGAGCUUCUGGUUGCCGGUUGGAUAUGUUUUCGCACUUGGAUUGUUUUUUACGGAUGACUCUAUAUCUACCAGAGUUCUACACAGAGAACAAACCAACGAAUGGAAAGGCUGGAUGCAACUAGUCAUCCUAGUGUACCAAGUGACAGGAGCCAGCAAAGUGCUCCCCAUCUACAUGCUUGUGCGAGCACUAGUUUCUGCGUACCUAUUCCUCACAGGUUACGGACAUUUCACAUACACCUGGAAAACAGGUGAUACGAGCCUAGUACGAUAUUUCCGCGUCAUCUUCAGGCUAAACUUCCUGACUGUCGUACUUUGCCUGACAAUGAACAGACCGUACCAGUUCUACAGCUUCAUACCGCUCGUCUCGUUUUGGUAUACAUUGAUGUUCGUGAUCUUCGCCCUCCCCCCCGACAUAGCGCCCUCCUCAACGCACACGGUGGAAACCAAACCCUACCAAUACCUCUACAUCGCGCUCAAGGUCAUAGGCCUACUGAGCAUAGUGACCGUUCUAUACAUGAGCGAGUUCUUCUUUCAAAAGAUAUUCGUCACUCGGCCGUGGAAGGCGUUGUUCGUUAAUUCUGAUGAUGAUAUUCAUCAGUGGUGGUUACGGUGGAAGCAGGACAGAUACUCCAUGACGUACGGAAUAAUCUUUGCUGUGGCGUAUCUGGUGGCGCAGCGAUACAACCUGCUCGAUGACAACAACCACAGCAACUUAUUCACCCCUGGUGUCUCCCUCACAGCCACUCUCCUCGCCUUCAUUGGCAUCGGCAGCUACGUAACCUACACUUUCUUCUGCACCAACAUCUUUGACUGCAACGAGAUCCACUCCUACGUCGCCUUCCUACCCAUCGUAAGUUACAUCAUCCUUAGAAACGUUUCAGGCGCAUUGAGAACUAGGCAUUCUAGUCUAUUUGCCUGGUUUGGAACUAUAACUUUAGAAUUAUUCGCAAGUCAAUCGCAUAUCUGGCUAGCGGCAGACACACAUGGGGUUUUAGUAUUAGUCCCAAGCGCACCAAUAUUAAAUUUGAUCAUAACGUCAUAUAUCUUUAUAUGUGCGGCGCAUGAGAUACAUAGGUUGACUGGGAUUAUAUUGCCAUACGCGGUCCCUGAUGAUUGGAAGCUGGUUUUAAGAAAUUUCGCGAUUUUUCUAGCGAUUCUAGUCCCUAUAGGUAUACACGAUGGUAUGUUUUAAAUUUUGUCUAAGUAAUUUGUAUACAUGUUUAAAAAAGACAUAGUGUUUUUGGGUGAAUCAACUAUUGUUGUUUUUGUCCCGUCAGCCAGGGGACAAUAGGAGCACAGCUUAUUAUAGCUGUAAUGCAAAUAUCACGCUUGGUAGAUAGCUAUUUAUAGUAAAGGCUUUAACUAUCAUAAAACACCGUGUUUGGUGAAAUAAAACGUCUUAAAAUCACGUUUUAAAGAGCUACCCAGGAGACGGUCAAAAAAGUUGAUUCACCCUUCUGCAUCAUUUAACAAACUGAAUCAAGGUUUAGGAAUAUCAGUUGAAGUUUUGCGAAAUGCUUUUUAACCAUUCGAUAAAUAUAAGCACUUAACAUGUUAACUAUUGAAGAUCUCAAUUUAUUUUUUAUUUUGACAUUUACGCUUUAGGUACUAAUGUAUACACAAUACAAAAAUAUACAACAGAAUCACUACAAUGAAAGAUAAAUAACAAAUCGUAUUAUUCUAUAAUGUAUUUUUAAAAACGAGCGUGUUCCAGUAUGACAUUUUAUCCAGUGUACAAAUUGUAACAAUUGCGUUUAUAGACUAAGAUUUGUUGUUUAAUAACAUGAUUGUGGUAUGCAACGUGUUUGUUAUAAAUUUGUAGGAAUAAAUGUGUCUUACGGCCUGAUUCUAAUUUUAAUAUACGUCAAAAAAUGUUCUAGAUAUGAUAUGGAUCGGAUUUGUAGUGUCAAAAGUGACGUUUCUUCAAACGAAACAUAUAUUAAAAUUAGAAUCAGGCCGUUAGUUAUUUGUUUUUAACUAAUACAUUUCAGCAAAAUCUUUAAUAUUUGUAUAUUCUGUAAGUUGAUAUCCAGUACAUCAGUAAAAAGGGAUAACUCGUAGAAAUAUGUGCACUAAAUAAAAAAUAAAAACAUAUAUUAACAUUUAUACGUUCAUCUUGUAGCCGAAGGAACCAAAUUUGUAUUAUUGUAACUCCAGUGAUAAUUUAAGGUUUUAAAAUAGUACAAAAUUCACUUGAUUGACCAAUGCUAUACUUGUGUUAAUCUUUUUACAUUUUUUGCGAAGUACAUUUAAUAUUACAUGCUCUUUGUAUUAAGUAUUGUAAAUAUAGCACUUUAAUGUUAAUUCAUCCAUUUACAUUAUAAAAGUAAAGGCACAUUUUAUUUACUUAACAUGUUUAUUUUUUGUGAAUGGUAUAUUAGUACAUUUUUAAUGGAAUCUUGCCAUAAAUAUUAUAUAUAUUUCGUUAAAUGUGUCACGUCAAUAUUAUAAAUAUAUUGUGUAAUUGUAAAUUGCAGUAUUUGAGUUUGGUCUUUAAAACCAAGCAGUUGACUUUAUGAAAAAUAAUAAUUGAUAUUCAAAUUAGAAUGAUGAGAAAUUCGUGAAAAUGUACAAUGUUUGUGUUUUUUAUGUGUAUUAAAGUAAUUUGAACAAUUAAUUUUAUAUUGUCAGCCAUGUUCAAGAUUUUAAACAGUCUUCACAACUUAUAAUAGUAACAUUUUACUACUAUAUAUUUUGGUUGAAAAAUUGUGAUAUAAAUACCAAGUAUUUUGUAUAUGCUGUAUGUAAUAUUAAUAUAAUAUUAACGCUUAGUUAUUCGAACACCUCGACCUGUUGUGUUAGUUUUAAGUUUUGAUGCUUUUUUAGCCUGUAAUAUUUAUUACAAUAUAUUUUUGGUAAAAUGUAUGCACCAUACUUUACACUUUCGCUGUGAAAUAUAUACUUUUGUUUCUAUUUUACGCCUGUUAUAAAGAAAUAAACACGUUAAUAAUUUUAACCCUAGGCCCACUAUUAUUAUAAUUAUAUAUGUGACAGUAAACAUUUGUCAAUUACACAUGUCAUAAUUAAAUUUCAGACGAUUGAAAUAAAUUGGAUGCGCUGUUUGUAAUCUGCGAAAUUUGAAUAAUUUGUUUUAGUCCAACAAGUAUGUAAUACUGAAGUGUAUCUUGUUGUGACAACAUAAUUGACAGUUUAAGUAUUAUUUAUUUUGGGUAAUUUUUCCAAUUUAAUGCGUAGUGGUUUUUUAUUUUCAUACUUUUUUAUGUAUCCAAAUGUGAAACGAUUCUUGUUUCUAUUUCAAUCUAAAUUCAAAGUGAAACUUUUUCUCGUGAGCCAGGGGACAAUAAUAACAUAGGUACAUAGAAAAUGCUAUCCCAAGAAAGCUAAUAAAAUGGUUUUAUAAUUUUCAAUCACAAAAACGCCUGUAUAUUAAGAUUAAAUCGUAUAAAAUUACGAUAUCAAAGUGUGACCCAGGAGACAUGAUCAUGGUAGCCGCACAAAAAGUCGAUUCUCUUAUAUGCUUACUGGUAAACUCUGUAUAACCUCUAUCCCCCUUAUUCAUAAACGUCUACUAAAGUUGACAAGCCGCUAAUAAUCGUUUGUCCCUUUCCAUCAUAGCAAUACGUUGGAAAGGGACAAACGAUUAUUAACGGCUUGUUAACUUUAGUAGACGUUUAUGAAUAAGGGGGUAAAAGUCUACUGUUUAACUGACGCGGUUGAUAUGGUCUACGGACUGGUUGAAGGCUUGGCUGCUUGAAGUUGAUUUUCAUUAUGUUCAGUAACUAAAGAUGUCAUCAUCAUCUAGUUGGUCCAAAAACUCAGCUACCUGGUACACUCACCAUCAGAUAUAUCAGAGCGGCCAAGGUGCUCACAAAUAUCUGAACACGCCACUAUUGUCAAAGUGUUAGAGUGCUUGUUCAGAUGUUUUUGAGCACCUCGGCAGCUCCGGUAUAUCAUCAAUUAAUCAAAUUUACCUACCGCCUAGCCAACCACUCCAAGGCCAGAAACGUCUGUAAAAGAUACCACAAUGCUUAGAAAUACAAGAAAAUUUAGAAAACUCACUGUUCGGGCGAGAUUCGAACUCGCGUGGCGCUUCCAAGGAAGGAUAUGGUUGAAAUAUUCGCUGUCAACGGGCAAGUCUCGGUCCGUCUGUUGGGAGAGCGGCGGGCUGGUAUCCCGGUGUCGCAAAAAGUGAACAAAACAUUUUCGGGUAGUUAAAACAUUUAUUGGUUAACCAACCAAAUACAAAAUCGCCUGGAUCUGUCACUGAACGACCUGACUUUAUUUGAUCAUGUAAUGUUUUCAUCUACCCUCAACCGGCGUAAGGAGCCAUUUGAGGGUAGAUUUUGUUUACUUUUUUUUAAAUACCUAAAGAUACAGACAGAACUUUUCCUGUAUUUGUAAGCAUCUUUACCAACCGCUUGACAUAAAUGGUAGCAGUUAUUUAUCGCUGUUAUCAGCAGAAAAUUCAGGCAUAUGCAAUAUAGCGAUUAUAUUUAAGUACUUAGUAAUACUAACCUUUUGUGAGAAAAUUUGCACUGUGAUUUAAGUCUUGUAAGAUGUCGGUUACUUAAUGUAAAUAAGUACAAAUAAAAUAUCGAAAUAA